AGUUAUCCUGAACUGAACAACUCUCACCUGCACCAUGACCCCGGGUCCCGGUGCUGUGGCCCCCCAGCUCACUCUGGACACCACCUCCCUGUCGCACCUCCUGCUGCACCUCCUGCUGCUGGUCCUCCACUCCUGGAGGGGGAGCUGUCACCCCCAGUGUUUGGACUACAAGCCUCCAUUUGAGCCCCGUCAACCACUGGUCUUCUGUAAAGAGUAUGGCAAGUUUGGAUGCUGUGAUGCAGAAAAGGAUGAGGAGAUAUCCAAUAGGUUUUACACCAUCAUGGACAACUUUGACUAUUCAGGCUACGCCACCUGUGGCAAGUACAUACGCAGCAUUCUUUGUCAGGAGUGUUCUCCAUACGCUGCCCACCUGUAUGAUGCUGAGGAUGCCAACACACCUAUGCGGGUGCUGCCCGGGCUGUGCGGCGACUACUGCUCUGACUACUGGCACCAGUGUCGGUACACCCUCAGUCUCUUACUGGAGAACAUACAGGGCACUGGGACGGGCAGCCUUGCCCACUUAACCAACCUGGCUGCCAGCAUAGAAGACGACCGCCAAAAGUUCUGCGACUUUCUCGAGCUGAAGGACAAACAGUACUGCUAUCCCAAUGUGCUGACGAAUGCAGAGCUGAAUGAAAACCUCGGCCUGGUGCGUGAGGACUCUAAGGGCUGUCUGGAGGUGUGCCUGCAGGAAGUUGCCAACGGGCUCCGUAACCCUGUGGCCAUGAUCCAUGCAGAUGACGGAACUCACCGGUUCUUUGUGGCAGAGCAGCUGGGCUACGUGUGGGUGUACCUGGCCAACGGCUCCAGGGUGGACCGCCCCUUCCUCAACCUCACCGAUGCUGUGCUCACCACGCCGUGGUUUGGAGACGAGAGGGGGUUUCUCUGCAUAGCCUUACAUCCAAGGUUUGCUACGGUCAGGAAAGCCUACGUCUACUACUCAGUAUCUGUCAAGAAACAGGAGAGGAUACGCAUCAGUGAGUUCACGCUGUCAGACCAUGAUGAUAACCAACUAGACCACUCCUCUGAGAGAACGAUCCUGGAGGUGGUCGAGCCAGCAUCAAACCAUAACGGAGGACAGCUUCUGUUUGGCCAUGAUGGCUAUCUGUACAUCUUCAUUGGUGACGGGGGGCGUGCUGGGGACCCCUUCGGAAAAUUUGGCAAUUCUCAGAACAAGUCAACCCUUCUCGGCAAGGCGCUGCGUGUCGAUGUUAACAACAAUGAUGAUGGGAUGCCCUACAGUAUUCCCUCAGAUAACCCAUUCUUGGGGGAGAAGGAGACAUUGCCAGAGAUCUACGCUUAUGGCGUGCGUAACAUGUGGCGUUGCUCCAUUGACCGUGGUGACCCUGUUACAGGCCAGGGGCGAGGCAGGAUGUUUUGCGGAGAUGUCGGACAAAAUAAAUACGAGGAGGUGGACCUUAUUGUGAAAGGAGGGAACUAUGGAUGGAGGGCCAAAGAAGGCUUCAGCUGCUACGAUCGCAAACUCUGUCAAAACUCCUCUCUAGAUGACAUUCUGCCAAUCUUUGCCUACCCCCACAAGCUGGGCAAGUCAGUGACAGGGGGAUAUGUCUACAGAGGUUGCCAGAUGCCCAACCUCAAUGGACUCUACAUCUUCGGGGAUUUCAUGAGUGGGCGCCUCAUGUCUUUGAAGGAGAAUGCCACUACAGGUCAAUGGGACUACAAUGAAAUCUGCAUGGGAAGAGACCAGACCUGCAGAUACCCCAGGCUCAUCAACUCUUACUAUAAAUACAUCAUCUCUUUCGCUGAGGAUGAGGCAGGCGAGUUAUACUUCCUAGCCACACGUUCCCCCAGUGCGACUUCCAGACAAGGAGUCGUCUAUAAGAUAGUGGACACCUCCAGGCGAGCACCACCAGGCAAGUGCAGCAUCAAGCCUUCCCCAGUUAAGAUUAAAGGCAAGCUGGUUCACUUCUACCCCAGAGAAGAGUUUGUGGUCAACAAGAAACCGACCACCACCCCGGUUCCGACAACUACAACUACAACUACAAGAAAAACGACAACUAGAAAAACAACAACAACAACGAGAAUUCCACCACCACCACCUACAACAAGCACAAAGGCAGCAGCAACAACAAUGCCAGCGACAACCCCACCAACAACUGUGGCGAUCGUGGCAACAACUCCCAGCGCCGUUAGACCCACUCGCAGGCCUGCUGGUGCGCCUGUCAGUCCCAGCUUCAGGCCCACAGCGAGGCCGUCCAUCACAGCCACCGGCAGAUCUGCAGCCACCCUGGGACAAGCCACCACCAUCAGACCAGGUUAUCACUCAACCAUCAUGGCUGCAGUCUCCACUAGGAUCACUCAAACUCCCAUCGUAUUCACCACACCUUCAACAAGGAAACAAGAUGGCCAUCCAACCCCGCGCCUCCAACAUCGUAGACCUCCUCAGUAUCUCCCUACUUCCACCUCUCGACCUUUUACGACACCUCUUCCACCAUCCACCCUAGGAGUCACAACAUCUCUGAGACAACCUCAAACCACUUUUACCUCAACACGUCAUCCUGAGACCCCGCGGAUGAUGACCACCCCACGGCCGCUGUACUGGACCCCAAAACCCCCCUCAUCGCCCAAACCCCAGAGACCUGUGAUCAACACCACACUGUCGAAAGCACAGGAGGAAAAACUGAGGCUUGGUCAGAAGUUGGACAAUGUUGGGCAGGGUAACCAAGUCCAUAAGAGGCCUGUGGGGAGAGGAAAAGGUCAUGCAUACAAGAGAGGAAGAGACGGGAGAAGGCUACGGCCCGGGUCAGUGCGGCUGGUGAGCGCCGACGGUUUAUCAGAUCGAGGCAGAGUGGAGAUCUUCAUCCGUGGAGAGUGGGGGACGGUCUGCGAUGAUCUCUUCACCACCAAAUCAGCUUUGGUAGUGUGUCGGCAGCUUGGCUUCACAUCGGCACUGGCUGUGAUGAAGAAGGCGGUGCUGGGAGAGGCAGACAAAAGUGUCAGGAUCCUGUUGGAUGAUGUGGAGUGUGAAGGCGGGGAGAGGUCGCUGCUGGAGUGCAAAAGGUCACGGGUCGGGAAACACAAUUGCUCACAUCAGGAAGACGUAGGAGUGAUAUGUGGUUAUCAGACUGAGGAAUGGUGAGGAGAUGGGGAAUAAAUUUGAGGAGAGAAAUAGGAAAGUGAGGAUUUUCUACACAACAUGUUGCAGUGUGGCUUGCUAUUCUUUUCAAAUAUUCUGUACAGUAUGCAUUAGACUUCCUUGAGGCAAUAAAUAAGCCAUAGAAAUGAAUGUCUGUGGUGCUUUUAUGUCCAGUUAAAAUAGUCAAUUAUGUUUUAAGCAGAUAUUUGUAUUUUUUUGUGUUGCAUAACCUCAAGUUUAUUUUCAUAUGCGGGUGAUUUAUAAUUUUACGCUUUAACUUUACUAUAGUUUUGGAAAUGGUCAUAAGAUGAAAAAAAUCUAGUGAGAAAUGCUGGACAUUCUGUACAACAAA